AUGGGAGAGGAACUCGAGGGUGUCCGGUUCGUCACAAGCUCUCUCGAUGCUGACAUAUAUCUUGGCUUCUGGAUCAACCGCUCUGUUCACUGGAUCGAAGGAGCAACGCUGACGCUCGAUCACCGAACUGGCGCCCUGUUGAUUGCACUUGUAGCUCUGUUUGUGAAUGCCAGCGGUCGGGGCCUCUGGAAACUCACCCGAUGCGUUUUACAUUUCAGAGGUUCCUCGCAAGCCAGACCCGAUGCACUUUACCUACAAGGGCAGGCGACUUUGCGAAAUUCGAACUUAGCCCUCGACGCGUUCUUCGCUUUUCUGGACAUAUGGCGUGUAUGGCGCAAUAGAAUCAGGAAUGGUAAUCGAAGACUAUUAGGAACUGCGUCUAUUGCUCUGAUGGUAGCGGUGGCCUUCACCCUAGCUGGUAUCUUCUCAUCUCGAGUGUUUCAAGGCUGGAACGAGGUACUGAUAUCAGGCCCGAAAGACGAUUGUAAUGUCCACCUUCCAGGUGCCAAUCUCAUACGGUCUGAAAAUAGAACUAUACAGGAGUAUAUUGCGCCCUUCUUGAGCCAGAAGUCUGCGGAGUACCUGGCAUAUGCACAGCGGUGCUAUCAAGCCGAGAAGCGCAACAGCCAGCAAGAAGACGGGUACGAACAUUACGGUCAUUUAAGCGAAAAAGAAAAGAAGGAGCUUUUUCCCGACGACUGUGGUAUUCUAUCCAUCCCAACGUUACCGUAUCGGACCAGAAGGAACGCACCUUGUCCCUUCAAAAAUGUCACUUGUAAGCUACAAGAUGCGAACAUCAUCAUUGAGACAGAUCGACUAGAUGGCUACAAAGAUCUCGGGCUGAACCAGGGUCCGCCUGUGACUAUGCAGGUGCGGCAUCACUGUGGGCCAUUGAACAUCACAGCCAAGCACGAAGGAGAUAUGUUGAGAUACUAUCUCGGCGCUCGACAUGAGAAUAUGACUUUUGAGAUCAAGGAAGACACAACUACAUCGGCUACAGGCCACCGCAGCAACUACGUUGUGUACGCGGUUAGUCAACAUGAGAAUGGCUCCCUUUACGGUGAGCAUAUACCAUGGAUCGAAGAUUUCACAGUGACAAAUAUGGCUACAACCAUGCUGUUUUUGGUAUCGACAUCUAUCAAUUACGUGAGCAAAACGGAUGAUCCCUGGUUCCUGGCCAAUAAUACCGAUGCUCAAGGGCUUGUUUAUGUCUCAAACGACAUUGUCUCAGUUGUCGGUUGUACGACUCGGAGAGAGUACUGCAACCCUAAGAAAGAGGGCCCAAACAAUUGUGUCCAGGUCUACUCAGACUACACAGAACAAGAAAGGGACUUCGAGGCAGCAUGGGAUAACCCUGAACACAGGAAACAUUUACGUGCCCUGGUAAUGACUUUGCACCAGUUCGGGGCGCAAAGCAUAGGUGCUUUCUUCGAGGCCAGGAACGUGCCAAAUCUGCUUGCAAGACAGACUUUAAGACUUCCGCCAGUUACUUUUAAGCCCGCUUAUGCAAAUCAAACAAAAGCACUACCGUCAGAUCAGUGGCAGGACGAGAUGGUAUACCUCAGCCAAGCCAACUUCGCAGCAAUGCAACAUUCUCUCGUGGACUACGCAAGAGGGUCCUGGCUCGGUGGGGACUUGUGCGAUCGAGGCGAGUGCGAACGACUUUGCUACAAUCAGAGGGUUCGUAGCUCAAGGCACUACUCCGUCAGCGUUCUUGGACUGUCUAUCAUACUGAUUGUUGGCGGUAUCAUCCAGUCGUUGGCGCUCUUCCUCGAUAGCCUGUUGGCUUUUCUGUUCAGUUUCCGACGCUUUUACGGGUACGGAGACGACGAUUACGACUAUGCGUAUGCUGAAUGGCAGGCUGGAUCAUUGUUGCAGUUGCAGCGCUUAGCACAGGAGGGCGUGGGCGCAGGCAAAUGGAGCAGAGCCACAGAUCUGGUUCCGGUUACAGCGCCUGGAGAUGCUCUUGCCGUCCUUGACGUUUCGAAACGUGAUCAUCCGCGACUGUCACUUCGUUCACAUGAGCUCACGCACGUCGCUCUUAGUCCAUUCGACCAGAUGGGAUCCUCCACUCAUUACCAGAGGAUCCAAGAAGAUGAGCAUUGGUGA